AUGGAGAAGAAAGAUGACCUUAGAAAGAUGGUUGUCGAUUCAAAGUGGUAUGACUUACCCGAUGUGAAGUCUAAGAAGGGAAAGGAGGCAACAGCAAUGGUGUUAAGCAUACCAUUUUGGAAAGGUGUGUCACUUUGCUUGAAGGUAUUUGAGCCUCUUGUCAAACUUCUUCGUUUGGUAGAUGGGGAUGUGAAGCCAUCUAUGGGUUUCCUCUAUGGAGAACUAAUCAAUGCAAAGAAGGCCAUUAAAGAAGCAUUUGGAAAUGUUGAGAUAAAAUACAAAGAAGUUAUGUCCAUUGUUGAGAAAAAAAUGAAAAACAGGCUUGAUUCCCCACUGCAUGUGGCUGCAUAUAUGCUGAAUCCAUACUAUAGUUACACCAACAGUAGCAUCUUAUGUGAUUCAACCAUUAUGGAAAAAUUCAUGCUAUGUGUUGAGACAUUUUAUCAUGGUGAGGACGAGAAAGCAUAUAGAGCUGUCAAUGAUGACUUGGAUAGGUUUCAAACAAAACAAGGAUCUUUCUCAAAAAAUAUGGCAAGGAGCUGCCAACGCUUUGAUUUCAAUCCAGCAUCUUGGUGGAGGCUCUAUGGGGGUGGAGCACCUGAUUUGCAAGCAAUUGCCAUUAGGAUCCUUUCAUUAACCACUAGCUCAUCCGGUUGUGAAAGAACUUGGAGCGUUUUUGAACAGACUCAUACUAAGAGAAAGAACAGAUUAACAACAGAACGCCUCAACAAUCUUGUCUUCAUCCAAUUCAACAAUAGAAUGUUGUCCAAGAAAGAGAGAAUUUCCCGAAACAAGAACUAUGAGGUGCUCUUGAGUUCUGAUUGUUCAGAAGCUCAAGGAUUUUUCUUUGAGGGAGGGGAUGAACAAGCAUUAGUUCAAAUCAGGGAUGAGGAUGAGGGAGAAAUGCAAGGGACAGGUAUACCAUGGUCUGUCCUAGGAGAUGCAAUGGGAGUAGAGGAUGAGCUACAACCUCGCAGGAGCGCAAGAGUGGCUAGAGAGGUGGACGAAGAAGAUUGGGAAUCUGAAAAAGAAGAUGAAGACAAUGUGCAUGAGGAUAUUGAUUAUGAAGAGGACAACUGUGAGAUUUCAAACACCAGUGACUAUGUCCAUGUGAAGUAA